AUGUUGGCCACUUUGCAUUAUUCUUUUCCUCUGGCGAUUGUACCGCACAGAAUCACCAAGGGUUCAGGAUCGAUUGAGUAUCAACACGACAACAACAACGACUGCUCCAUUGACGCCCAUUUACCGAUCAGAGUUAUGCUCGAGGACUUCGUGAUGACCAAGAGCGAUGUUGACAUCAAGAUGAAACAAGCCAAGCUACGGUUGGUCUUGGUGCUGUUGGUGACGUCGAGUAAGAUCCUUGAUUCAGAGGGAAGUGACUACCUGUAUACUUAUCAUCGAUAUAGUGUCAUGACACCUUGGCUUUUGCUGUUACAAAGAAGCGUGUUCCCAUUGACCGAGUUAAACUGUUCUUACCAAAAGAUAGACCCGUUGAAACCAUUCAGUGGAUCGGCAUAUCCCAAAAACAAUGAAAUGGAUGAAGAUGGAUACAGAUACUAUCAAAGCAAGUGGCAUGUGGAUGCAAUAGUGGUCUUGGCUCAACAAUACGAUGUCCACACUAUUUUGCAACCUACUAUUGUCUUUGUCAACGAGGCUGAAAAUCCACUGGUCGCACCUAAAUACGUUACAGCUGGAUCUUCGAUCACGGAUACCUUGCGAAGCACGACGUAA